AUGAAGGAGGAUAAACAUCCUUCCACACCUUUCAUGGCCUCCAUGGAUCUCUUACUGAAUUGCAGUUUUGGAGAUGAAGAUGAAGCUCAGCCUGACAUUUUCCCCAAGGAGGAGGAAACUACAUCUAAAGCAUCUGCUACUUCUACAGUUAAGCCCUUCAGGCUGAGGGUGGCUCUGCGCUCAGCUCCCUCUACCCAGCAGUCCACCGAUGAUGAGGAUGCAGAGGCGGAGGAGAGGACGACACACAAGAAAGGAGUGAAAAGGACAGGACAGCGCAAUAGGACAAAGAAGGAGAGACACGUGAAAUUCGAGGAUGGCGAGGCAGCAGCAGCUCGGCCUGCUUCGACUGAGGACCAUCGUUCUGAUUCAGCAGAUGAUGCGUCGGACACUUUCCUGGCCAGGAGAGAGCAGAACAUUAAAGCCAACAAAGCCAUGUUGGCCCAGCUGAUGGCAGACCUGCAGAAAAUGCCAGGAGGUGCAGGGCUGCUGAAGAAACAAGCAGGCAAACAGAAGGCAAAAGACAGAAGCUCUCAUCCGCCGCGAUCUGCUGUGACUGGAGGGGAGUCCAAGAGAAACCCAGAGCGGGCAUCUCGCAGGCUGACAAGGUCCAUGUCGGGAACGGAGGAUCCUUUGGCCGCUGAGGAGGCAGAAGUGGAGCUCAGCUUGGAGGAGGAGCUGCUGGAGAUACGCCAAGCUCCACGGCGUCGUGGCGUCCCACGAGGUAAUCGAAGCAAACCUCACAUUAUUCGUCCGGUAGAAGAAAUCACAGAAGAUGAUCUCGAGUUGGUCGCAGACAACAUGACCGAGAAAGUGUACAACAGUGUCACAGGUUCCACGUGUCAUCAGUGCCGCCAGAAAACUGUUGACACAAAGACGUGCUGUCGCAGUGAGGACUGCCAUGGGAUUCAGGGUCAGUUCUGCGGGCCGUGCCUGAGGAACCGAUAUGGAGAGGAUGUCAAAAAAGCGCUGCUUGAUCCGGACUGGAAAUGCCCUCCCUGUCGAGGCAUUUGCAACUGCAGCUUCUGUCGUCAGCGUGAGGGCCGCUGCCCAACCGGCAUCCUCUUCCCCCUGGCUCAAUAUCACGGCUUCUCUGACGUCCACUCCUACCUCACCAGCCUCCGCAACAAACUCAAGACCGAGGUCGAUGAUGUAGAGAUGUAAUUUUAACACUAGAGGGAGCCAGUGUUCAAAGGUUUUAUUGUGCAAUGUUUUACUUUUUCUGAAAAUAAAGUUUGGAAUUUUAA